AUGCUUUUCCUCCCAGCUGCUGCUCUGUGCUGUCUGUGUUCAGUGCUGGUUGCCAUGGCAGCACAGCUGAUUCAGGACGAUUUAACAUUGACCAGGAGAGUUGAUGGAGACGUCUCCUUCAGCUGUCGAGGAACUGACCUGUGUGCCAGCAACUAUGUAUGGUGGUACCAGAAGAAAGACACAGAAACAUUCACAAGGAUUCUACUCAUUGAGUUGAGUGAUUGUAGUAUAGCUAACACUUACGAUCAUCCUCAGAAAAAUGAUUUCUCAGUUGUGAAUAAUCAGAAAGCUUGUGAGUUGGAGAUCCAGAAAGUUAAACUCCUUCAUUCAGCCACCUACUACUGCUCCUGUUAUAAGAGUUACUAUUACAUCUUUGGCUCUGGAACUAAACUGGUUGUAACAGAUGAGCAGGUAGUGAAGCCCGUGGUGAGCGUGUACCCAGCAGAAUCCAGAGCCCACCUGGAGGGGAGGAGCUCCCUGCUGUGUGUGGCCUCAGCCAUGUUUCCUCCUCUGGUCCGCUUCUCCUGGAAAAGACGAAGGCAAGAUCAGGUGGAGCAGCUCCCUGCUGAGGGAGAGCAGCUGGAGCUCUCAGAGUCGGGAUGUAAGGCCACCAUCUUGUCUCUUGAUCGGGACGCUCUCGAUACGUAUAAAUACCGCUGCAUCGCCCAGCACGAGGGGGGCACAGUGGAGGGCCAAACAGAACAAGCUGCAGUUCAAACAACAAGCAGAAGCAUCACCACCACAUCCAGCGCACCACCUACCUCCAUCGUAACGCAGCCUGAAGCAGUGUCAGUGUCCUUCCAGUCUCAGUGCAGGGUGAAGCUGCUCUGUGUGCUCUACACAGUGCUGAUAGUGAAGAGUCUGGUGUACUGCUGUGGACUCUCUCUGCUGAGGAUCCUCUGAAACAAGGGACCGUCCACCAGCUGCUCACAUGCUGACUGACUGUUUCCUGCUCGCCUUUUCUCACCAUCAGAUCUCAUCAGUUCGUCUCAUUGAUCACUUUGAUCAGCAGUCACAAAUGUCAAUGUUCAUGUUUUGUGGUUGGUUGUAAAAUGAAUCUUUUGAUGCACAGGUUAGAUUCAGUCAUCCUGCAUAUAUAAAUACAUAUAUACACAUAUAUAUCUGCAGUGACUGAGUAUAAAUUCUGUGGUAUAGUGUUAUUUUCAUCCUCUAGUUUAUUUCCACUUUGAAUUGUGACUUGUAUAAUAAUAGAACAUGAAGCUGAAUCAUUAGCUGUCUGCUAGAUAUUUGAUUGUUUUAGUGUUUUUCUCUUCUUGUCUUUCUUUUUAAUACAUCAUGCAGAGUGUGGCAGCUUUGU